GGGAGUAUAUAGUAGAUUCAUACACGACGGCACCGAUGGACACAACAAUGUGAGAAUGGCAAAAGAGGCCUUUAGAUGCAGAUAAAUAGGCCUCAAGUGAAAGUUAUCAAUGAUAUUUGUCCAGCAUUUUAAAAAAAAUCCUUCCAAUUGUUGGUCAGUUUUUGUUCUUUUUGUUCUUUUUAGACUUUUUCGAUGAUACACCAUUUAACCAUUCCAAAGGCCAUCCCCUAGUAGACCUGGACUAACUCUAUUAAUGAUUUGUCGAGUCGAAAAAUAAUGCGGUCGUCUGUACUGCUCAUCUGGAGGGAUUGGUGUGUGCUUGUGUGGCGCGCACGUGUUGGGGUGUAGUUCUGAACAGUACAUUUUCUUGAAACAAAGGAGUUGGAUGUCUCCAUCAUGUAAAAUGAAAUAGCAUUUGGAGCCACAUUAAAACUGUUUGCUACAUUCUGCAAUUAUUGAUGUUCCUACAGCAUAUGUCGUCUUAUUAUUAGUAUUGUAUAAACUUAAAAACAAAUCAAAUAAAAUGUUAAUUUCAUUGUAAUCAUGUGCACCCGAUGUACAUGUUCGAUUAAGUAAAUUCUAAAAUUCUAAAAUGACUUUUGCAGUGUUGGUAUCGUAUGAUUACGAUAUCAAUCUACACGACCAUAUAGUGUGCAUUCAGAUUCAGGCCAUUUAUGACGCUGUAUUAAUUGAAAUGUUAAUUGUCCAAGGGCAAAAUCUUCCGAGUGGAGGUGUGGGCGGGAAGGCAGCUUUGUUGACAUUGAACUGAGAUGUGGAAUGACCAUGUCAUUGGUACUAAAAUGUGUGUGCAUGUGUGUGUGCGCAAAAUUAAACCGUUGCAGUAUUUAAGUGUUGCAGUUAAAUGUGGAACAAACGCGUUUGUUGCUAAUGGAAAGGUCUGCUUGUGAAUUUUCUAUCGAUCUCAAACUAGAUAUAGAUAUGUGUGACACGGCAGCACAACAGUCCACUAGGCAUUUUCCUUCUGACACAUCAUCACUGACUUACACCGGCAAAAAAGUCAUUUGAAUCGACUUAAUUCGAACAUGUCGGUUGCACAAGAUUGAAAUGUGUUGAACUGACGCAUAAUAUGUUAUUAUUUUGAAGGAGAAGAGGGGAAAAAAUUGCAUCAUACCCCAUUUUAAUUAUGUGCAAACGAUGUAUAUGAUGAAAUUAAGCACAGGAUAUAAAAAGAAUGAAUUAUUUUGAAAUUGAUUAUCAAUCUCUACAGGCAAUUAGUAAUCAAGGAAUUCUUUGCGGCACACAUUUCAUUUCUGCUUUGGUCAAGUUGAUGAGAAGCAACAAUUUGCAACUCGUGAUUUCAUUUGAGCACAACGGGUCUGUUAUUGUUAUGCCUCCGGCUACUUUUGGGGCAGCAAGCGAAAGGUGGCGAGCGGGGAGGGAGACGAGACAGGAUUGGCAAGACCUGCUUGUGAGUGCACACAAAACCAGACCUUACGACGGUGCGCGUGCGGGGGUCGUAUGUACCCAUAAUCUCAUUUCCUCGUCCACAGCGCGUCCGUGCCAUUGGCUCGCUGUAGUCACGUGCCCUCUUAACUUUGUUCACUUGACAGAAAAGUAGGAGGAUUCAUCGGAACAGGAAUGAGCGACGACUAAAGGGAUGAGAUGUAAAUGUUCGUUCUUUAUUAGAUUCAAUUCCACAUAAAGAGUGGCAUUAACGGUCAUGAGCUCCUAUUUGCUCAACUACGUGGACCCCAAAUUCCCACCCUGCGAGGAGUACUCACAUAGCGACUAUCUACCCAGCAACUCCCCGGACUAUUUGGGCUCCCAUCGGCAUGAGUCCGCCGCCUUUCAAGCGGACGCUACUCUGAAGAAUCCCCAGCAUCGCCGGCAGCGAGCGGAGCCGCAGUACGCACAGUGUCAGCCCGCCUCGGUGGUGAUGUCCACUCGCGUCCUCGUCAUUCCCCCGAUUGGCGUAGAAACGCACCCUAUCCCGGAGCAUCGCCGGGACUCGGUGAUACCCAGCCCGCCUCCGAGUGAGCAGCCACCUCCCAGUCCAAACACUCAAAAUGACCCCGUGGUGUAUCCGUGGAUGAAGAAAGUUCAUGUAAACAUUGUGAGUUCAAACUACACAGGAGACGAGCCAAAGCGCUCUCGGACAGCUUACACCCGCCAGCAGGUUCUGGAGCUUGAGAAGGAGUUCCACUACAACCGAUACCUGACGCGCAGGCACAGGGUGGAGAUAGCACACACACUGUGUCUGUCAGAGCGCCAGAUCAAAAUCUGGUUCCAGAACCGACGAAUGAAAUGGAAGAAGGAUCACAAAUUGCCCAACACCAAAGUCCGGUCUGGGAAUAACUGAAGCGCCCAAGCUUUAACUGGCUCCACCUGACCACCUAGAAAACGAGCCCAUCUGCUCUUUGUUGCAUUUCUGCCAUCCAAAACAACAAAGCUGUAGAUAAAAACUGUGGACUGGAAUAACCAUUACUGACUUAAGCCUGUUUAGCCUGUUUAUCUUCUCGAUAAAAAGCUUGACUGAAAGAAAACACAAAACGAUGAUGUCCCACCUCAAAUGCCCAUUGUCCAAAACAUUUUGUGUAUAAUCCACUUUCACCCUGAAUUUAAUUCAAUAGCAAAACAAUCAUGUGAGUUUUCUUUUCCUGUUCCAAGAGAAAUAAAUUGUUUCCCAGUUUUCAUCUUUAAUAACCCAAAUUUGUCAUGUUCAUUCUGUGGGUACAAAGCUGUCUGAAUGGGUGAUUAGAUUAAACAUGGUUCUGGCGUUUAGGCCUGUGGUUUUGCCAAACUACCAGCCCGGACCUAUCCAGCCACGUAAUGGAACUAUCUUUACAUCAAGAUAUGUCACACUAUGUGAAUAUACAAAAACAUGAAAUAUCUGACCUUCUUUCCCGCACAAAUGCAACUAACUCUUCCAUAGUGAAAAAAAAGGUUUAUUAGUCGAACGUUUAAAACGUGUAUGGUAUUUAUUGACCAAAUAGAGAUUUCUUAAACGUUUAAUAACAUUUUCAAUUCACAGUAUUGAUAAAAAAAAUACUUACUUUUUGAUACCGAGACUGAAAUGGAGUGCUAUUUGCUGAUAUUUAACACAAACUGCUUGAGGCAUGGGUAGGAUAAGUUAUAUAGGUAUUAGUUAAACAGUGUUUAUUGAGAGGCCCAUAAAGAUGCUUAUUCGCAAUAUAAACCAAGUAUGCACUACAAAUACAGCGCUACACAAUAUUACCUCAGCUGCACUUUUCGUUUAAUGAAGUGGCGCAUUUUCAGGCAUUCUUAUUUUGGGUAUUACGUUGUUAUAUAAAAUGCGCACAUACUUUGUCUGUCCCCUCCCCUUUCAUUAUGCUGCUUAUCCCAAGUGUUUUUUUUAAUGCAUGCUAUUUUAUUUAUAUUCCAAAGAUCUGUUUCUAACGUUGGUGUUGGUAAUAAUAAUAAUAAUAAUAAAGGUGUUGAUCUUAUUACCUCAUGGAUCGAAGUUGCUCAUCUGUGUUCGUAUGCUAUUCUUAUCUUGCAAUGAUUUGUAAAUAAUCAAUACAUACAGAAUAAAUUCUUGUCUGAAAAUAA